GCCAAAAUCGCAGUCUCGGAUGGGCGUAUAUUCUUCGGAACAUUUGUAUGCGUUGACAAAUACAAGAAUAUGAUAUUAGCACAUACAGACGAAUAUCGAGAUGAUGAGAAGAGAUUUGUGGGCUUGGUCAUGAUUCCGGGGAAGCAUCUUGUCAAGGCUGAGAUCGAAGAUUUGGAUGUAUCGGAAGAAUAUAUUUAA